CGAUCGGGUCGAUCCCCAUCAGUGUCUCCUGACCGGGGCAGUGCACCUAGCUCACCCUACUCUGUCCCCCAGAUAGCCCCCAUGCCCAGCAGUAAGCUGUGCCCAAUCUGCAACACCACAGAAUUGACCAGUGCUGAUGGAGCACCCAACUUUAACAAGUGCACCCAGUGUCGCACUACCGUCUGCAAUCAGUGCGGCUUCAACCCCAACCCACACCUCACAGAGGUCCAGGAGUGGCUAUGUCUGAACUGUCAGAUGCAGAGAGCACUGGGGAUGGAUAUGACCACACCUCGUUCCAAGAGCCAACAGCAGAUCCACUCUCCAUCCCAUCAACCUAAACCAGAUCCCAUACCCCCCCACUCCCAGCCCUCUACUCAGCCUAAGCCACAACCACAACCUCAACCUCAACCUCAACCUCAACCCCAGCACCAGCCCCAAACCCAGCCACAUUCCAAAAUUCAACCCCAGGCCCAACCUCAAGCUUCCCCAGGCCUUCAGAGACAAGCUGGAGCUGCUAGUCUUUACCAGACUGGUCCUCAGGCAGGCCCUGGACCUCAAACAGGCCCUGCACCCUACACCGGACCUUCUCAGACAGGAUAUCCAUAUCCAGGACCCCAAUCAGGGCCCCAGGCCCCCCAGAGUCAACGUGGGGAAUUUGGCCAGAGAGGCCCAGGUGGGGUGGCACAAACUGCAGCCCGUAUCCCUCACCCUGGAGCCGUGCCCUUGCCAGGCCUAGCAAAGGCCCCAUCGCAGCCAGAACUUGGCAGAGGUUCUCCAGUCCACCAUGGAGGCCGACCGGACCAGAUCCGGAGUGCCGGAAGUUCCCCAGCCCGUCGGCCCGCCUCAGCCCACGAGGCCUCUGCUCCCACUCAGGAUGGCCUGACUAAACUGUUCGGCUUUGGGGCAUCCCUGCUGAACCAGGCAAGCACGCUAAUCUCCGUCGACCCACUGCCAGGAAGCGGACCUUCACCUCAGUCCUCAGCUGCCCGUCAACAACAGGGCCCCAGAGUGCUCUUCAGUGAUGCUAAUGCUAAGUCUGCAACAGGACCACUCAGUGGGGCCAAACCAGGCUUUCCACAGGGUCCACAGGGUCCUCACGCCCCUCCGCAGAAGCAGCCUCAGCAACAGCCUCAGCCACAGCAACAGUCGCCUGCACACCAUCAAAAGGCACCACAGCAGCAGUCACUGGCACAUCAUCAAAAGACACCACAGCAGACACAGCAGCAGUCUCCUCUGAAGCAGGUUCAGCCAGUGAGCCAAGCACCUAAAGUCAACUGCCCGUUGUGCAAGACUGAACUUAAUAUAGGAUCCAGUGAGCCUCCCAACUACAACUCCUGCACUCAAUGCCACAAACAAGUCUGCAAUCUCUGUGGCUUCAACCCCACACCGCACCUCGUGGAGAAAAAAGAGUGGCUCUGUCUGAACUGUCAGACAGAGCGACUGAUGUCUGGUGGGCUUGACGACUCACCUCUUCCUGUUCCUCAUCCGUCUCCAAAGCACCAACCAAUGGGCUCACCACGGCAUCAAGCACCGGCCGGUCAGCAACCAGCUCAGCAGCCAACCUUUCAGAAAGUCUCCAGUAAUCAGCAGCAAGGGCCCAAGGCAAUGCCACCACAGCAGAAAGCCCCAGCAGCUCAAGAGAGUGGUCCUAUUGCCCCCACUGCAUCCAAACUGGCAGGAGAUAUGAAACCCACCUCACAGUCCUCCUCUGCUCCUACAUCCACACCAGGCAGUGAAGCACAGAAAAAGGACAAGACAACACCCAAACUGGACAAGGAGCCUGAGCAUGUCUCAGCAGUCACUGAGGAGAUUAAGUCUACUCACAAGAAAGGAACAACAGAACCCAUUUCAACCUCCACUCCAACUAAAGAUGAAAAGAGGGAGUCACAGCGAUCAAGAUAUUAUGAGGAGGCGAGCAAAACAAACAGUACUCACGACCUGUCUCGGAGCCCGCAGAGUCUGAGUGAUACAGGCUACUCCUCUGAUGGGAUAUCGAGCUCACAUAGUGAGAUUACUGGCCUCAUCCAGGAAGAAGAGAUAAAGUUAAGUGAGAGGGGCUUGUCUGGGCACCAUACGCCACCAAGCCCCUCUGAGAUAACUAAACUUGAAAGUUCUAUGCGCCCUCUAUUAGAAUCCAAGUUAUCUUCAGAAGGAGAAAGAACACGGGACAAAGAGCGUGGAAGAGACAGGCACCACAGAGAUACAGAUGACAGAAAGCAAAGAUCCCAUUCACUGUCAAUCAGUCCAGAGGAAUAUGACUCGGAUGAGGAACUGGAGGAUAUCAUGGAGGAAGAGGAGGACCCGGCUGACUGGGAGGCUAAGCGAGAGCUCAGAGCAAUGGCUGCUGCAGGAGAGGAAAAGAAAAAGAAAAAAGUGGAACCUGCUGAGAUGACUGAUGAGGAAUUUAUGAGAAGGCAGAUAAUGGAGAUGAGUGCAGAUGAGGAAAAUGAGGAUGAAGAGGAGGAAGAAGAGAUGGAGGAUGAGGAAGAGGAGGAGGAGGAAGAAGAGGAAGAGGAUGAAGGAUAUGGCUACCAAAAGCCAAAAAAGAUACACAAGCACAUCAGUGACUCAGGGAAAGAAAAGCGCCGUCUCACUCACCAUUCAAGCAGCUUUGAGGAGGAGAGCAAAACAACCAGUGACAUCUACAAAGGGUCAGCUGAGGAGGGUGAGGAGGACAUAAUUGGAUCACAAGGAGGCUUACGGAGAUUCAAGACUAUUGAGCUGAACAACACCAGCAGCUACAGCCGAGACAUGGAACUCAGCAAUGAAAAUGACUUAAACCUGGACAGAGAGCCUGAACUUGAAAUGGAAAGCCUUACAGGUUCUCCAGAGGAGCGCUCAAGAGGGGAGUAUUCCUCCACUCUCCCACCAACUACUUCAAGCUACACCUCGGGAACAUCUCCUACUUCUGUUUCCUCUAUGGAGGAUGACAGUGAUAGUAGUCCCAGCCGGAGACAGCGCCUGGAAGAGGCAAAGCAACAGAGGAAAGCCAGACACCGGUCCCAUGGCCCACUCCUUCCCACCAUAGAGGAUUCCUCAGAGGAAGAUGAACUAAGAGAGGAGGAGGAACUCCUGAGGGAGCAAGAAAAGAUGAGAGAAGUGGAGCAGCAGAGGAUCCGAAGCACUGCCAGAAAAACAAAACGUGAUAAAGAAGAACUGAGGGCACAAAGACGCAGGGAAAGGUCUAAGACUCCUCCUAGCAAUCUGUCUCCCAUCGAAGAUGCCUCCCCAACAGAGGAACUGAGGCAGGCUGCUGAAAUGGAGGAACUCCAUCGUUCUUCCUGCUCAGAAUACUCACCUUCAGUUGACUCUGAGGCUGAAGGCUAUGAAAUGUCAUCUAAGCUCUACAAGUCUGGCAGUGAGUACAAUUUGCCGACAUUUAUGUCGCUUUAUUCUCCUACUGAAAAGCCAGAGACUACAUCCUCUACUACUAUUACAACUACCUCCUCAAGUGGUAAACCUCUAAAAAGUGCAGAGGAAGUUUAUGAGGAAAUGAUGAGGAAAGCUGAGAUGUUACAGAAACAACAAAAGCAGCAGCAACAGCAACAGUCUCGCUCAGUACCACAGUAUAGCACCAAUGCCUACCAAGAGGAGGACAGAAGAAAUGGACAACAGUAUGAUGAUGAAUAUGAGUAUAUCGACCAAGAUGAUGCUGGCUAUGAAAAUGAGGAAGCAAGUGAUAUCUAUGAGGAGAUUCGUCAGACAUCACAGAAUAUUACCAAGCAAUUAGAUGAUCAAGUGGAAAUGGAUGUGUCUUAUCCAGAUAAACAACUUCUUGACACAGGCUCAGCUUUUGCUAAACUCCUGGAGCAGAGCAAUGCCCUCCUGACUCCUGGCACAAGCCCAACACAACUGUCAGCCCCUGUGUCGUUCUCUGAAACAGGAACAGGGGGACGAAUACCUGAUGUCAGGGUAACUCAACACUUUUCCAAAGAUAAAGACCGACUUAGAAGUCAUGCUGGCAAAAAUGGUAUUACACCUGCAGCUGCAGCCACCACUAUCACUGCAUAUGGAGUAUAUUCCAGGGAUGCUGUCACAGUCUCACAAACCAGUACUAGUCAAACAAUGACUACAACACAGUCCACCCUAUAUGGCCGCCAGACAAGCAGCACUGUCACAUCUACCACCAGUGUUUCAAGUGUGUCCAGCAAAAUAGCUGAAAUCACCCAGGCUUAUAGUCAUCGAGAGGGAAGGAGAAUGUCAGACAGCAGGGUCCAAAUGAGCGCAACACCACCAGAGUCGGUAGUUGAACCUCGAGCUCCUAAAGUCUAUGCAUACUACAAGGGGAGCCCACCUCUUUCCCCCACUUCUCCUCCUACUCAUAGUCCAGCCCGAUCACCUUCUAGAAGAACAGCUGAAUUUUCAACUCAGACUUUCAGCCCCUCAAUGAUGGCAUCCUCUGGAAGUUCUGGUCCAACAUCUCCUGUUAAGGCACAGGCCACACAGACACCUCACCACGUCUCACCACGUCUCUUUAGACAACAGUCUUCUCAGGAUGCCCCUUUUAUGGUGAUCACUAUUGGUUCAGAGCCCAGUAGCCCAUCAAAACCAGUUACAGUUAACACUGCCACCUCUCCCUUGUCCUCACCAACAAAGUUCAGUCGUCAGUCAACGUUUGAUGCCUAUUCACCACCUGUGAGCCCCCCUGACACACCACCACACCAACAGUCACCUCAGCAUGGUUUCUACAGAACCCACAAGAUUGAGAGAGUUAAUGUUGGGACAAGCAUGGUAACUACUGCUAGCACUUACACUCGUGGAUCACUGUCAAUGGAAAACAUAUCUCUCUGUCGCAUUUCCACAGUCCCUGGUACCUCAAGAGUUGAGCAAGGCCAAAGGUUACAGAGUGCAAGUGUGGUGGACCUAAGAACUGCUACUAAGUCAGCUCCAAUUAUUAUGACAGAUCAGGGAAUGGACUUGACUUCUUUAGCCACAGAGUCACGAAGAUACUCAGGCAGUGCUGAAGGGAGCCCCAUCCGACAUUCCACAACUAUUCAGCCCCUCAUUAUGAACCUAAAUGCCCAGGAACAGCCACAUGUGAUUGUUUCAACAGCUACAACAGUCAGUGUAACUGUUGCUGCCUCCAUGUUCAUAUCUCAACCCAAGCAUCCUGUGGUGUAUGGUGAUCCCCUUCAUAACCGAGUUGACUUUGGCCAGGGUAUGGGAACAGUGGUAUGCCUUGCACAGAACAAACCACCACCAGUUGACCCAUCUAUACCAAAUAUUGAUGCCAAGUUAGAAGACCUGAGUAUUCAGCAGCAGCAAUUACUUAAGCAGCAGCAGAAGCUCCAGCAGCAACAGCAGCUCUUGGAGCAGCAACUUCAACAACAUCAUCAACUUCAACAACAGCAGGCUGCUUCUUUUGCAAAGCUUAAUCUAUCCACUCAGUUGCCAUUAUUAAAAAAGGACCUGCUUGUCAGUCAGACAAGCACUGCCCCAGUGGUCAGUGUAAUAUCUCCAGCUGUGGCACCUGAGAUGUACAGCAUUGGGGGUCCCCUUGAGGUGAGGAGUAAGCCAGCAGAGCCUGGUGCUGUGAACCUUACAACUGUUCAGCCUCAUGUUAUGAUGGUCCAGGCAGAUGGUACUGCACAAGGAGCACCUAUGACCCAGUUGAUCAAACCAGAAGAAGGCCAGGAUGCAGUGGAUCUAACAGGGCAAAUCAAGAAAGAUAACCAGGUGGCUUGCUGUGAUGUAGUUUAUAACCUGCCCUUUGGUGGUAGCUGUGUGGGAGGUCCAUUCUCCCAAAAACCAAUGGCAGAAGAGACAGCAAAUGUUACAGAGCCAUCAAGACCACCUUCUGCACCACCACAGCUCUACCAACCACUACAGUCAAAGCAAGAUAGGCAGCCAUAUCAAGAUUUUGCUUUGAAAUCAUACACACUUCCUUUCCCUGGCCGGCUCCAGCCAUCCAUGUCUGAGACCAACCUAGCAGAAGCAGGGCUCCAAUCCUACCCAUCAAAGCUUGACCCACAUUUGCAGGCUUCUGGAGAGUUAGCCAUGGAUUUAAGCUCAGUGAAGCAUGGCUAUGAAGGAGGAUAUUUUGGGAUGGGACUUCAGUAUGGCUCCUACACAGAUCUUCGUCAGGGUGAUGUGGCAGCUCCACCUCUACCUAUGAGAAGGUACAGCUCCUUGUCCAAUAUCAGUUCAGAUUAUGGAUACUCUUCACGUGACCUUGCUAGUUUCCAGGAGGCUAACCUUGCCCAGUACAGUGCCACUACUGCUAGAGAGAUUAGUCGAAUGUGCGCAGCCCUUAAUUCAAUGGAUAGAUAUGGCAGCAACCCCAAUCUUUUACAGUUAGGUACUGGACGAGGAGGUGGUGCUCCUAGCAGAAUUAAUGUGCAGCAGGGUCCUAGACCCAGCUUCAUGUAUGGCCCUGACGGAAAGCCUCUUUCCCUAGCUCUCACCAACCUCAUCAAUGCAAGGCAAGCAAGCCUUAGAGCUAUGUAUCCAUCAGCUAUUAGAUCAGCUGAUGGUAUGAUCUAUUCAACUAUCAACACACCCAUUGCAUCUACUGUACCAAUCACAACUCAGCCUGCUUCUGUGUUGCGUCCAUUGCUAAGAGGUGUUUACAGACCACACCCCACACCAAAUAUGACACCAGUACCUCUGGCUAGCCUCUCAAGAAUGCCUGUGGCACCCAGGAUGGCACUCACAGGGCAAGCACCUUAUCGUUUCCCAGCACCCAGCCGUCUACCUGUUACCACUAGUGAGCCAGUUACAGUUACAGCAGAGCAGAAUGUACCUGUCUAUCUUGGAAAGUCUCCAGUAAGCUCCUCAAUGUCUGGGACAACUGCAGCACUAACUCAGACAUCUGCUGUAACAGCACCAAUGCCUGUCUUAACACAAGUGGUUGCUCCAUCAGUCCAGCCUCAGCAGCAGCCAAUAAAUUUAUCUCAGCCACACCUUCACACCCAGCCUCCUGCCCAACAGCCUCCAACUUCACAGCCCCAACCUCCACCUGCUCAUUCUUAUCCUCCUACUCAACUUCUAACCCAGUCUGUUUCACAGCCACCUCCUUUGACACAAGCAACUGCAACCACAGCCACAGCUCUGGGAGGCCCUCCACCAGAAAAGGAGACAGAUGAGGAAAGGCUACAUCGACAACAGGAACAGUUACUGCAGUUAGAAAGAGAGAGAGUUGAGCUGGAAAAAUUGAGGCAACUGCGGCUCCAGGAAGACCUUGAGCGGGAACGUGCAGAAUUGCAACGGCACCGUGAAAAAGAGCAUAUGCUGGUGCAGCGGGAGAUUCAGGAGUUGCAAAACAUCAAGCAGCAGGUUUUACAGCAGCAGCAGGCUGAGAGAGAAAGUCAACUGGUUAUGCAGAGAGAGCAACUGGCACAGCAGAAACAACAGCUUGACCAGAUACAGUCUCUGCAACAACAGCUUCAGCAGCAUCUUGAAGAGCAAAAGAGACAAAAGACUGCAGCUGCAGUAGCUAGUGCCCAACUUAUCUGUGACCAAACUGGCAGAAUAAUUCAGCCACAAGACCUACCCCCAGAUAUGCAAUACGGGGAUAUUCAAGUCUCUUCCAGGUCCCUGCCUAACUCUUCAUCAGAGAUGUGCCUAAGGAAUAAUGAGGGGCAAGCAGAGAAUAGGUCUAUGCGGAAACAGAGAUCUAUGCCUCGUCUACAGGAUGGGGUUGACGGAGAGGUAACAAUGUUUUCCCUGCCUCGUAGAAUUGUAGACAGCAGUGUACAAACAGAUGAUGAGGAUGGAGAGGACAGAUAUCUUAUGUCCAGAAGAAGAAGGACCAGGCGCAGUGUGGAUUGCAGUGUUCAGACAGAUGAUGAUGAGGACAAAGCAGAAUGGGAGCAACCAGUAAGACGGAGGCGUUCUCGGUUCUCCAGACACUCUGAAUCUGGUGUUGACUCUAAAAAUGAAACUCCCACUUCAACUGCAGCUGCCAAAGUUGCAUCCUCUAGUAUUGCCAUUCAAACAAUUCGGGACUGCUCUUGCCAAACAGAGAUAGAGCAGCUAGGGAGGAUAUCUCCAGCCAUACAUGUCACUGUGCCAGACCCUAACAAAGUUGAGAUUAUCCACUAUAUUUCUGGACCAGAGAGAACUCAGAAGGGGCAAAGCUUAGCUUGCCAGACUGACCCUGAGGCCCAAUCUCAAGGUGUUGUAGUACCACAAAUUAGUGUUGCCACCACAAUUAGCCCAUAUUCCAGCAGUGUGCAACUUGUGGGGUCAGCAGAUCCACUAUCACCUCGUCAACAGGGUGUUGCGAAGUUUGAAAGACGGAAACCAGAUCCCUUGGACAUUGGCUACCAGCAGCAUCAUCUGCACAACGAGUCGCUGUCCAGUGUGAUUCGGCAACCACCCAAAUCCCCUCAGCAGAAGUCAUAUACAGCUGAGUCACCACAGAGGCACCAGAGUCUACCCCGGCCAAUGAAGAAUGUCCAGAGAUCCAUGUCAGACCCCAAGCCCCUCAGUCCCACAACAGAUGAGCAAACCAAGGCUAGGAUUUCCCUUUACCAGCAACAAGCACUUCAUAGUCAGUUGGCGGCACUCCAUCAGAGCUCCCUCCUGAGGAAGGUUAAACGGACCCUACCCAGCCCCCCGCCCGAGGAGACUCAGCUGCCUAUGGUCACCCCUGCCCUGCCCCAGAUGUAUGUGCCCUCUGUGCCCUCCCUGAAGGCAGGUUCCCGGCCAAGCCUGGCAGCCAAGGCCAGCCUCCUGAAGGACCUGACCCAUGAGCUGAAGGCAGUUGAGCAGGAAUCCACUAAACUACGGAAACAGCAGGCUGAGCUGGAGGAGGAGGAGAAAGAAAUUGAUGCCAAACUUCGGUACCUGGAGAUGGGCAUCACACAGCGAAAGGAGACUCUGGUGAAGGAGAGGGAGAGGAGGGAGCUGGCAUACCUACGCUGCAUGGGUGAUGCACGAGACUACAUGUCAGAUUCCGAGCUGAACAACCUUCGUCUGGCAGCUGCAGCCGCAUCCUUCGAGAGUAACGGGCUUCUGACCAGACCAAGCACAGCACCACUCAGCCAAUUUACCAGUGAGCUGAACACUGCUGCACAGUUUCCCCCUACAUCAUCCUUUGUGUCCUACCAAUAUCCACAAAGCCAGUCAACUGCUCCCGCCCCACAGGCCUCCACAUUCCAGAGUACUGGAUUCAACCAGCCUCCCUAUCCUACAGUCUCCCAGGCCCAGGCUCUCCCCCAGCCCACACCCAUACAAACCCACCAUCCUACCCCAUCUUAUCAAGCUCAAGGGACCUUCCCUUCCCAGAGCUUCCCCCAAAGCCAACCACCAUACCCAACAGAUCAUCCAGUGCUACCUCCAACCCAACCAAGCCAUCCAGGGUUCCAGCCUCCUCCACAACCACCUGCUGGCCCAACUCCUUAUCCAACCCACACCACGCCAUACCCGAGCCAGGCUCCCCCCUACCCGGUCAGCCAGGCGAGUACCUACCAGCCACCGGCAGAUAUAUUAACUGUCCACCAAAGGCCACGGCAGACCUCUCUGGCUGACCUUGAACAUAAGAUGCCCACUAAUUAUGAGGUUAUAAGCAAUCCUACUGUUGUAGUAACAACCACUGCUCAAGAUUCUACCUAUAGCCAAUCUGGUUUGGCUCCAUCUUAUGGACAGUACAGCACAACCAUGGCAAGCACAUAUGGGCCAUACUCCACCUCAGUUUCAAGUACUUAUGGUGGGUACUCAAGUACCACAGCGACUUCAUAUGGGCCAUAUACAACAACUUCAUCAAGUAGCUAUGGGCCAUACACUACUACCAUAGCUAAUACCUAUGGAUACACAACAACUACAGCCAGUUCCUAUGGACAGUAUACUACUACUGUUGCUAACACUUAUGGGCAAGCAACACUGUCUGACCAUCUACACUCAGUGGACAGCCCCUCUACUUAUACUGGUGAUGGCCUCUACGGUUCUUCCAACCUUGAGCAGAAUGUCCCUAGGAACUAUGUAAUGAUUGAUGACAUCAGUGAGCUAACCAAAGAGGGCAUGGGCACCACCUCAGACCCACACCGCAGUGAGGGCCACGGGCGUUAUGGGGGUGACGGACUCCACACACGAGGGGGGAGCUCCUACGGCAGACCAGAGGACGAACGUGACGCAGAGAUGUACGACCAUCACCAUGGCAGGGGUAAGAGCACCGGCAGCUACCAAGCGCGAGGGGCAGAUACGCAUGGCCGGGUAGUGGGCAGCAGUAGCAUGGGUGGGGGAUCCUCAUAUUACUAUGAUGACUACAAACACUCAACAACCUCAAGGGCAGCCCAGAGGCACUCUUCAAAGAGCCUGGCCCCAGCUGUCAUGUCCACCAAGAGAAGCAAGCAUCGUAAGCAAGGCUUGGAGCAGAAGAUCUCCAAGUUCUCCCCAAUAGAGGAGGCUCGUGAUGUGGAGGCUGACCUGGCCUCAUACACCAUGAGCACCUCUACUACAAGUGGUUAUGGUACAGGUUCCCGUUCACGGAAACUCCAAGAUGAAAUCUAUGGGCUGCGACAGACUACUUAUGACUCACAUCGGGGCUACUAUGAUGAUGAACGUCUGUAUGGCUAUGGCAGGUCCCGCUCAACUGGUUAUGGCAUGGAUAAAAUUUCUUCUCGGGAGACGGGCUACCGAAGCAGGUCUUAUGAACGGGAUUAUACAGACCGGUCAUACAGAAGCAGCUAUGGCCGCAGCGGGCGCCCCACUUUACGCUCUCAGUAUUCUGAAGAGGAGAGCCCACUUAGUCCCAUGGGGAAGCUAAUGGGCAGUAGGCGGGGCUACUACGAUCCAACUAACCCAUAUGGCUCAAGCCACUCUCUACCUGAUGUGCAGGACCAUAUUCGAGACCUGCCACGGACCCAUGUCUACAAACCUGAUGAUAUGUACAUUAUAGACGAUAUGUAUUGCGCUGUGUCUGACAGUGAAGCCUACCAUCUGGGCCAGGAGGAGACUGACUGGUUUGAGAAGCCGCGAGAUGCUCGUGGUUCCCGUCACUAUGGCAGCAGUCAUUCUUCCUCUGGGAGGCGUGGCCAUGUCAAACACACAUACCAUGACUACGAUGAACCACCGGAGGAAGACCUUUGGCCACAAGAUGACUAUGGUCACUCUCGGCACACAUCCAGUCGAGAGCACCGUCACCAUGGUAGUGGAAGUUCUGGCAGGCAUUCUUCCUCCCGCCACUCCGAUGAGCCACGCUCUUCUCGAUCAUCACGCUCCUCGAAGGAUCCGUCCAUGCGUCACGACUCCCGUUCCAUGUCCUCAUCUUCAGGGAAGAGGGGUGAUUCUCGCUCUCAGGGCUACCACUCCUCUGAUUUCUCCCGUGACCCUUCAGGUCACCACCAUGGCUCACGCUCUGGGAAACAGUCCUCACACCACCAAAGUUCUUCCAGCAGGAAGCAGCAGGAUCUCCAGGGUCACCCAUCCACCUCUAGACAGCCAGGUUCAACUGGUUCAGGGCAGAGGGGUGCAGGUGGACCCUCAAGCUCAAGCCGUCAGCCCGGGUCCCAGCAGCCACCUGAUGCACAGCAGGGCCAGCGAACACAGCUACAACAGCAGGCACAAACAUCUGCAGCCAGGCCAGGACAGCAGACACCUGCAGGGGGUCCUGUGCAGCCACAGCCUGCACAAGGCCAGCAACUCCAGGCCAAACCUGGCCAGACUGGGCCAGCUGCACGGCAACCUGUCGCGGGAGCACAACCUGCACCUGCUACAGCUAAGCCUGAGCCUGCUCCGGUCACUGCUAUUGGAGCAAAAGCAGCCACAACCCAACCUGCCAAAGCAGCUCAGCCUCCGCUCACGGGGAUAGGAUCUAAGGCAGCUCCGAGGCCAGGCGGAAUUGGCAGUGCUGCAGCAGGUCAGCCCGGUAUGGAAGGAGAAAGCAUGCUGUCUAAGAUCCUGCCUGGAGGAGCCGCAGAGCAGGCGGGCAAACUGGGAGAAGCAAUCUCUGGAUUUGGCAAGAAGUUCACCUCCUUGUGGUGAAAUGAUACAACUAAAGGGUGUCUACAAAAAUGAUGGAAGAUGUUAUAAGGCUUUGUACUGGAAAAACCUAUGAAGUUUCCCUUCUACGUUUUAAUUUAAAAGAGAGAGUGUGAAAGAAGGAGAGAGAGAGGGAGAGAAGUAAUCUGGGUGCACUGCCAACCAGGACUGGAAUCACAGGAGGCUAUUCACUCUAGGCCUGGGCACAUGAUAACAGAGGGACUACGCUGCUUUCCUCUGGCAGGCCAGACAGUUGCUCAGAGGUUGGAUUCACACAAUCAUGUUCUGGCAAGCCAACACAACCAAAGAUAACUCACCUCCAGAUCCCCUUCUACAACCAUGGCAGCCUGUGAGCUUUUCUUCUAGGCCACCAGAGGGCAGUGUACCGUGACAGUAGAAGACAAACUAUCUACUCCUGCUCCAUCAGCUGGGUAAAUGGGCCACUCAAAAACAUCUAUAUCACUCGGCACCACAAUGUUGCUAAUAUAGACAUGGCUGCAUGGAUGCUGUUUUGGAAGAAAGGGAGCAGAGAAGUUCUCGCUUCAAGAGUUUCAAGCACAUAUAAACCUACACGCUUGCGACAUGGUGACAGCAUGUGGCUCGCCAGGAUUUGUGAUUCCAUGUUCCUGUAGUUGCUUAGAUAACAAACUUGACUCCCCUCUCAUCUCAGGGAUGGUAGAAAACACAGUGAAAGCAAAUCAGACAAAACUUCAUAGGUUUUUCCUCUCCUGUAAAUUAC